AUGAGGCAUGGCGUUUUUAGCUCUCUCGCACAGCGGCGAGUCUACCGAUGCGAGGGGUCACCGAGACUGGCGAGAGACGAAACCGAUCAAGCCGCCAUAUCCACGGCCACGGUUAUGGCCCUUGCGAUAGUCUCGUCGCUGUGGAUUGGAGGGAGGAACGAGUCCGCGGCGACGCAUGUUGCCUACCCAGCAUUCCGAAUGAUGUACUCUUCGUCAUCCAUCAUGAGCCUCGUUCGUUUUCCCUGCUUCUCGACGUUUCCCAGCGUCAAACACCCCACACCUCUUGUAGCUCUCGCAGUUGACUGGGGGGGGGUGGUUGGUCACACCCACGACGACAGCAGCAAACUCCACACCACCAAACGAGGCGAGGCGGUGGCAGGGGUCGACUUUGCUGUCCAAAGGGACGACAUCUUUCUUGGGGUGACUCGCACGGCCAAGGAAACGCGCUCCUCAGCCCUCAAGGGCAACGACAAGAACGCAAGCGUCUGGGUCUGCGUCUACGUCCGCCUCGACCGUCUUCGUGAUUGGAGGCAUCUUCCUUCUUGGCCCGCCGGCAACCGCCCUCUGUCGGACCACCAGAAACGGCCGUCGGAGCCAAAUGCUGCUCAUCCAGUCCCGUCUGCGUUAGGGGCCCUCAUCCCGCCCGCAUGA